GCUGCUUACAGCCUGUUGCGCCAGCCCGCUUCUUGCUGAUGCCGCGUAGCCUCAAGGCUGGGUCCCUGUGCCCACGCGCCAUGAGCCUAGCGCGGCGGAUCGCCCCGGCAGUGCUGCAUCUCCUCGGCGGGGUGACCCUGCUGCUGCUGUGCCCACCGGCCGUGCGGGGUGACUGCGGCCCUCCCCCAGAUAUACCUAAUGCCCACCUCCCUUUGGGAGGUCUUACAAGUUUCCCUGAAAAAGAGACAGUAACAUACAAAUGCAAUGAAGGCUUUGUAAAAGUUCCUGGCAAGCCGGACUCCGUGGUCUGUCUUAACAACAAAUGGUCAGAAGUUGCAGAAUUUUGUAAUCGUAGCUGUGGUGUUCCAACCAGGCUACUCUUUGCGGUCCUCAAAAAGCCUUACAGCGAACAGAAUUAUUUCCCAGCGGGUUCCACUGUGGAAUAUGAGUGUCGUUUGGGUUACCAGAAAGACCAAUCUCUAUCUGGAAACGUAACUUGCCUGCAGAAUUUCACAUGGUCCAAGCCUGCUGAAUUUUGUGAAAAAAAAUUAUGCUCUAAUCCUGGAGAAAUAAAAAAUGGUCAUGUCAAUAUAACAGCUGGCGUAUUAUUUGGCUCACUCAUCUUCUUCUCAUGUAACACAGGGUACAAAUUAGUUGGUGCGACUUUUAGUUUCUGCUCCCUUGUGGGAGACGGUGUUGGGUGGAGUGCCCCGCUGCCAGAGUGCCAGGAAAUAUUUUGUCCAGAACCACCAAAAAUUAACAAUGGAAAAAUUCGAGAGGAACAGCACAAUUAUGUAUAUGGACAAUCUGUAACGUAUGAAUGUACUGAAGGCUUCACCCUGAUGGGAGAGAGCUCUGUUCAGUGUAUUGUGAAAGAUGACCAAGGAGCAUGGAGUGGUCUACCACCUAACUGCAAAGAAAGCCCUCCUGCUACCAAGGUUCCACCAGCUGCUCAGAAACCCACCUCAGCAACUGUUCCAGGUACAGAGGUCCCAAGAGCUCCUCAGAAACCCACCUCAGCAACUGUUCCAGGUACAGAGCUCCCAAGAGCUCCUCAGAAACCCACCUCAGCAACUGUUCCAGGUGCUAUGAUUCUUGCAUCUGGACACAUAUGUAUAACAUUGACAGUUUUGAUUAUGAUGCUAGUAACCAUUGGCUAGCUGAUUUAGCCAAAGAAGAGCUAAGAAGAAAGUGCACACAAGUGCACAGAAUUUCUAGUUUCCUUAGAACUUUCUGGAGGAGUGGACACAAUAUUUGCAGUAGUGCUGUUUGUUGUGCAUGUUGUCAUUGUCUUUAAGAUGCACAGCGAUGUCAACGAAGCAAGGAGAAAAGAGUUCAUCCUGGAAUCACAUUCUGAACAUGCCUAAACCUCUUGACAAUAGAACUGGCGGGAGUAAGAGUGAUCGCUUUCCUAAAUAUCUAGGGAAGUAGAGAACUGGGUUUACGCCUAGAAUAUGAGCAAGAAAAAAAGGAAAUGAGUGAUUUUUUUUUUCACUAGAUGGGUAAAGUUAUUUUUACUUAAAAGGGAAAUAAAAAAUUAAAAACAUCAAUUGGAUAUUGAAGAUAAAUAAAAAACUUUAAUUGGAUACCAAAAACAAACAAAUGAAAAACUGAAACAGUCUCUUCUAAGCAAAAUUGCCACAGAGAGCUGAAACACAUUCAUUAUAAAAUAAUCCUUGACUGUAAAGCAUUUUCAUCUUUCCUUAUCCUGUUAAAAUGAGUCCAAAUGGGUUGGCAAAAUGCUUUAAAGGAAAAACAUGCUAAUAACCCAAGAGUGUUGAGUUUCUUGGGUUAGUUGGUGGCAAGGGAGGGGUACAGAAUGAAAGAAUAAUUCUUGCUUUAUUACAUAAAUACAGGUAAGGAACAAAGACUUAGCCUAUUAGUUGUAAGAUGUAUCACCUGCAAUUUUGUCCUUAGGACAAUCUUUUUUGGAAGAAGAGCCCAAUGAAAGAAGUCUUCUUUGACUUAGUGUCUUUAAAAAUACCCAGAGAUAUUAUAAUAUUAACAUAAGAAAAUAUUUUAUAUUUGUCAAGUGAGAUGUUCAUAGCCAAAUUGUAAAUCUUGUUCUUUUGUAAUAUUAAUUUAGUUAUAUUUAUUUAUGUCAGUGAACAUAUUGGUUUUACAUGUAUCACAAGAAAUGUUCACAUAUUCAAGGAGAUAUGUGAAGAAAAAUUUAUUUUCCCUAAAUAGAAAUAAAUAAUUGAUCACAUUGUCUCACGUAGUAUUUGAAAUUUAUUUUCUUAAAUGUGAAUAAAUUAUUCCUAAGUAAGAGAUUUCCUCCCUGCACCCUCAUAAGUAGUUUAGAAUGCUGCCUUUUGAUUAACUUACUGUGAACCAUUUUCAGUUUCUUUUAAGUUACACUAUAUUAUACUUUCCUAAACAUGUCAUAUCCACUCAUAUUAGAAUAUUGACAUUACUUAUUUACUAUUGAUUUACCUAAAGUCUGUCACGUUAAUUUCCAGAUUCUUAAUAUAGUCUUGUCAUAUUGCCAAUUACAUUUUAAGUGUUAGACUAGACUGGAAUAUACACAGACCUGCAUAUAAUAAUAAAUAUUUUGCAUAUUGCUUCAUCUGUUUUUUGUUGUUGUUCUUGAAGUAUUUUAAAGUAAUCCCAUAUGCAUCAUGGCAUUUCACUGUGAAUACUUCAAUAUGCAUUUCUAACAAUAGGACAUUUUUUUCUGCCUAACCACAGUCAUUGCUAACUAACAGGAUUAAUAGUUAUGUCCUAAUAUUCUCUAAUGUUAGAAAAUUCUUUUAACUCUUCUAAAAAUUCUGGAAUAGGCCACAUAUUCCACCUAUUCAU